AUGUCUUGGGCAAGGAGCGCCAUAUCAUUAAUCUUGUCACAAACAUUGUGUCACUCUCAAAAGGCCUCGAUUCCACGGCAAGCAGCUAGCGCCGCAAUUCCUCUCCGCCACUCAGCCGUGACAUAUCCCAUCGUCAAUCCACAGCUUCAAAAACCGGUGAUUCUAGAGGAGAGGAGAGAAUAUUUAAUACAGAAGACUAUCCAAAAACUGCAGACAAGCACGGAACAACUCCAACUCAUUGACCACCUCCAACGGCUAGGAAUCGGUUACCACUUGGAAGAUAUGAUCGACGCCAUACUGCACCUCCAACGCUCUGCUUUCUCGACCGAAGAUGACCUCUUCACCACCGCCCUUCGCUUCCGUCUUCUCCGCCAGGCUGGCUUCCACAUCAGCACCGGUGUGUUGUUGAAGUUCAAGGGCGAAAGCGAAAAGUUUAAAGAAUCGGACAUGGUAGGAUUACUGAGCUUGUAUGAAGCAUCAAAUAUGGGGGCUCAGGGAGAAGAAAUAUUGGAGGAGGCUAUGGAUUUUUCGAAACGAUCACUGCUCGAGGGUGAGGACCGGGUCAGUGAGGCGGUGGGACAGGCCCUAGAGGUGCCGAGACAUAUGAGGAUGGCUAGGUUGGAGGCCAGGCGAUUCAUCAAGGAAUAUGGCAACGGGAGUGAUCAUGACAGAGACCUUUUGGAGCUUGCUGUUUUGGACUAUAACCAUGUCCAAGUUCAACACCAAGCCGAACUCACUCAACUUAAAAGGUGGUACACUGAGGGCAUCUUGGUUAACGUCAAAACUUUUCAUUGGGAUUGUGUAUCAAAGUGCUUUGUUUAUAGUGUGGACUACUUUCAUUUUCCUGUAUUAUCAAGGCUAAAAAACUGGCCCUUAGUGAUUGAUGAUAUUUUCGACACACAUGGCAAAAUGGAUGAACUAAUCCAGUUCACCCAUGCAAUUCAAAGAUGGGAUCUUGAAGCAAUGGAGACACUCCCCGAGUACAUGAAAAUAUGCUACAUGGCAUUGUACAACACCACCAACGACAUUUGCUACACGGUGCUCAAGGACACCAGCCGGACUGUGCUCCCCUACCUCAAAGCAACUUGGAUAGACAUGAUUGAAGGCUUCAUGGUGGAGGCAAAGUGGUUCAAUGGUGGGAAUGCACCAAACUUGGAAGAGUACAUGGAGAAUGGAGUAUCAACGGCGGGGGCAUACAUGGCUCUGGUGCACCUAUUCUUUCUAAUGGGAGAAGGUGUGACCGACCAAAACGCCUCACUUUUGAGGCGGAAACCAUAUCCCAAGGUCUUCUCCUUGGCAGGGCGAAUUCUUCGCCUCUGGGAUGAUCUUGGCACUGCCAAGGAGGAGCAAGAGCGUGGGGAUCUGGCAUCGGGCAUACCGUUGUUUAUGAAAGAGAACAAUCUGGCAACAGAGGAGGCAGCAAGAAGUGGAAUGCUGGAAGAGAUAUUCCAACUAUGGAAGGAUCUCAACGGUGAGCUCAUCAACGUUAACAACGCAUUGCCCUUGUCUAUCAUCAAAAUCGCGCUUAACAUGGCACGAGCUUCCCAAGUGAUCCACAACCAUCGACAACACACCUAUUCUUUGAGCGUCGACAAUUAUGUUCAAGCCCUCUUCUUCACUCCCCUUCCUUCCUCUUAG